UGUACGCUGAGUCAGAGGAUCAAAGUACACGUUCGACCAUCCAUAUCACCAAUCACGCCACCACAGCCAAGUCAGCAUAAUUGGAGAAGCCGGACCACGCCAGACAGAAGUUGCAAGUUCAACAGAAUUAGGUUUUAAAUAAGGGCCGUAACCAAAUUAGCCAGUUCAGUUAUUAUUACGAUCCCAAAAGUGUAACAUUAGUGUUUAAGCGAAGAAAUAAAGUUUUUUUAUGACCUACCUUCCGUAAGUCUUAUUAUUGGCGCAGCCGUACGGAAACCGGCUGAAGUGAGUGUUAGUGACAAAAAGUGGUAGCUAAGAAAAACCAACUUAGCAAAGUGAUUCCGCCGAAAGAGGCGUCUAAGGCAAACAGACAGAGUGAUUUAAACGACGUCGCCGAAGAUUCGAGGAUCCCCCCGCUAACAUCACCUGGAGCACCAGCAGCGUUUGGCCGGGACUACGCACACGACUCAAAACAACUAUGCACUCACUGAUAAAAUUUUUUGUCUCCAUAACGCUUGUAAUGUUCACACAAUCAGAGCUAUUACAAAUACGCGAUUUAAUGAAUGAUCCGAUAUUAUUGUUAAAAAUAAACGAUUGUAAAUUACGAACAGGUUCUAUCAAGAUAAUACAUCCCAUUAAUAUUACAAAUCUCGAAAAUAAUGUCCACCUAUUUUCUAAACUGGCUAGACAGAUAGACAGAGAUAUUCCGAUAUCAAAUCUCAUACUCCAAAAAAGUAAAGAACUUGUCAACAACCUGUACCAGCUGAAGCCGAUGAAACCCAGAAGAACCAGACGAUGGGACACAUUAGGAGCCGCCUGGAAGUGGAUCGCCGGAUCUCCCGACGCCGACGACUUGAGGAUUAUCAAUACCACGCUGAACAAUCUAAUUACUCAAAACAACCAACAAACAAUAGUCAACAAUAUUAUCAACAACAGAAUCGACGAAAUUAUGACAACAGUUAACCGACUCGUCGAACAACAAUCAACAGAAAACAAGAUUCUACUUGAAGAAAUGGAUGCAGUAAUGCUUCUCCUCUACAUGGACACAACGAAUACCAUUUUAGAAGAUUUGGAAGAUACAAUCCUUAGAACCCGGAUAGAACUAGCAAACAGUAAGUUGCUCUCACUCAAAGAAAUUCUCACUAUAGAAACGCUACUCAACGAACAAGGAAUAGAAACACAAUUCCCUGAGGAAGCCCUCAAUUAUGCCCAACCCAAAAUAGCAACAAGAGGUGACCUCCUAUUAUACAUCCUGCAAGUUCCAAAAGUCAAAGGAAACUGCGAUGUUAUUCAAAUCAUCCCAUUAACUGUCCAAAACACAGUGAUUACAGAUCUCCCUCAAUACGUCAUUCGGAGCGGGAACGAUCUCUUCAAAACUACAAAUCCAAGCAGCAUAAUUCAACAAGAUACAUUCCUAGAACCAUUAAGAGACAACUGCUCGGCUCACAUUAUUUUAGGAAAGGAAAGCCACUGCACAGCAACGUUUGAUAACAGUACCAGAAUCACAUUGAUAGCAAUCAAUAAGAUAUUGGUCAAUAAUGCGAAGGGGUCGCUCAUGAAAUCAAAUUGCGGACCGCACAACCGUACACUUGACGGAAAUUUUUUAAUAUCUUUCAACAAUUGUAGCGUACAAAUCGAUAAACGGACCUUCACAUCAGAUGAAUUGGUUAGUAACACAAAGGAACUCCAGGGAGCUUUCCCAAGCUUAGCCAUCAAUUGGAACAUUUUACAACAACACGACAUCCCGAGCAUUCACAAUCAAACCAUACACAAUAGAAUGAGUCUGGAACACGUCGCGUUGAAACAAUUCGAGCACAAGAACCUGCUAUUUGCCGUAUUCGGAGGCCUAUCAACGUCAAUGAUCAUUCUAAUCGUCAUAACAGCGACUUGCGUUUUUAGGAAGCGAGUAGUCAUUAAGAUUGGAAAACGAGAAUCAUCCCAAAGAGAUUGAGUAGAAGUUCGAGGACGCCCUUCAUUCUACCCCCGGAGGAGUUAUGCAACAGACCUCCACGUGUACGCUGAGUCAGAGGAUCAAAGUACACGUUCGACCAUCCAUAUCACCAAUCACGCCACCACAGCCAAGUCAGCAUAAUUGGAGAAGCCGGACCACGCCAGACAGAAGUUGCAAGUUCAACAGAAUUAGGUUUUAAAUAAGGGCCGUAACCAAAUUGGCCAGUUCAGUUAUUAUUACGAUCCCAAAAGUGUAAC